GUCAUUCUCAUUUCCCCUGCUUCCAGAACACCACCACUCCCCACGGACGACUCUUCUCGCCGCGCAAACCCUAGCUAGCUAAUUCUCCCAUGGCGACGGCGAGGCUGCGAUCCGCGUCGGCGUCCUCCCUCCGCGGGAUCCUCCUCCGCCACUGCUCCGCGCCCCCGCGCGCCGUCUCAGAUUUUCAGGUUCCUGGAUCUGCAACAUGGAGGCAUUUCUCAACAUGCAGGCCUAACCCUCUUGCAAAAGGGAACAGCUUUGGCUCAAUGGCUUCUCUGUACAGCCAGACAAGAUGGGCUUCUCAAGCCACUGCUGUGAAAGAAACUGACCCCAGUGGCGGCAAGAUAAGCAUUGGGCCCAAAUCCAAGCAGAUCAAGGAGGAGGACAAAGAUGAUGGACUGGUUUAUCAGGGACCGAUAUCAUCAACCAUCAAGAAAGUGAAGCUUCUGUCCCUGUCCACCUGCUGCCUCUCUGUGUCGCUAGGCCCUGUCAUAACGUUCAUGACUUCGCCCGACAUGAAUGUGAUCCUCAAGGGAGGAGUCGCAUCCACCGUGAUCUUCCUCAGUGCCACAACAACCGCAGCCCUGCACUGGUUCGUGAGCCCCUACAUCCACAAGCUGAGAUGGAGGCAGGGUUCAGAUAGCUUCGAGGCGGAGAUAAUGUCAUGGCUGGCUACACCCCUGAAGAAGACGAUCAAGUUUGCUGACAUCAGGCCCGCAGAGACUAACCGGCCUUUCGUCACCUUCAGGGCCGACGGGAACUUCUACUUCGUCGACGCCGACCACUUCCCCAACAAGGCCUUGCUGGAGAGGCUCACGCCUAAGCUCCCCAACGAGUCCGCGUUCAAGAACUUGUGAUGGAAGCUACUGUUUUGCCCGCAUUCGUGCUCUUGAACCUGGCUGAGCUAUCGAGUCCUUUUUCCUGUAGCUAAUACUUGUGAGAAUUUGUGGUAUAAGGUAUCGCCGUUGUUUUUAGUUCAGUACGGAGAUUUGUGAAUCGCUGGCGUGGAAUAUUUUUAACUCCUGGACGAUUUUGAAUAAGUAGCAGCAACAUAUCCCUCUUUUGUGAUUGCCAAUUUAGAUUGGCAGUGGUAUCUAUUUGCAGAUUCUCUUGAAGCUAGGGAAAACAUUGUGCGACUUGUUA